AUGGAGAAGGUCCGCGAAACCAUUGAGAGUCGUGGGGGCGGACUGAAAGCGGCUCCCAUGCGUAACAAAGACCCUCUCGUGGUCUUGAAGGAGGUGUACGUAGAGGGCGAAGAAGAGGACCUAAUAAGUGCUAUAUACGCUCAGAAUAAGGAGAUAUUUAAGGACCUUACUGAGGAAGAAAAGAGAAUGGUAGUCAAGUACCGCAAACGCACUAGAAACCCAAAGACUGUGCAUAUCAUCUUGCAGGUUGGACCUAACAUCUGGCGGAGAAUGACGGAGGCUGGAGCCCUGUACCUGGACCUCCAAAGGGUCAGGGUGGAGGACCAGUCUCCGUUGAUACAAUGUACGAGGUGUUUGGCGUUUGGCCACGGACGAAAAUUUUGCACCGAGAGUGUGGACAGGUGCAGCCACUGCGGGGGACCGCACCUGCGCGAAAAAUGCGCAGACUUUGUCGCGGGCGAAGAACCGCGGUGCUGCAACUGUUCGCACUCUGGGUUGCGGAAAACUGGCCACAGCGCCUUUAGUGCGGAAUGCCCAACAAGAACUAAAUGGGACUACUUGGCUAGAGCGAACACGGCAUAUGCCUAA